AUGGACAACAAUAUCUCCUCUACCACAGCCCUCAAUGGGAAUCCUAUAUCGACAACCACCGGGACAUCUUCAACCAUCUCAGUGUCAUUCACGGCAUCAGAUGUUGUACCCACGACUGAUCAAUUGAAGCCAACAACACUAUCACCCUCUGAUGCGAAUUCAGCUUCCAACUCCCCCAUGACAGAAGCGAAUUCGACCUCAGCUUCAGCCCCAGCAGCAUGUCCUUCGUUCCCAACUCAAGCCAUUAUAGCCGGCUUUUUUCCGGGAGCCAUCUUUGGAGCCGUACUUGCCUCGGCGGCGAUGUUCUGCUGGAGAAGACGUCGAAAUGGGCACAAGAACCCUUACGGAAAGCGUCCUCAUCAUAAUAGCGUAUACAACAGUACACCAUUCAGCAUAUCUCAUCCCAUUCCAUCCGAAGAGAGCUCCUACCGUACUGACUUCCUCCUUGGUCGCUCCCACCGGAGCUCCUCACGCUCGGUGCUCCACCGCACAGGGACCAGAGUGAAGAGUCUAUUUGGCUCAAUCCCCAAAACCGCUGUCCAUGACAUGGAUAAUAUACCCAAGGUACCCAUUACUCCACUGCCGCAGGUCAAACGGCAACUUAGUACCGAGAGUAUCAAGGUAUACACUCCUCCAGGUGGGCUUCCGGGUACAGGGUCGCAGAAACGAGGGCAUUACAUUUCUAUUGAACCAGACAAAGGGUUUGUGGAGAUGUUUGAUCGGGUCGGAUUCAUGAAUAAAAAAGGUGAUCCAUGCUUCAAGGUAGCCGAGUCUCCUGAAGCGAGUAGAGCCAACCUACAAACAACACGGGAAGUAUAA